AAACAGUCGCCGCCAGCGCUUUAUGGUACCUUGUAGGAAAGGUGCACCACGUCACCCGCCCACCGUGACGGAGACAACGAGACGGCGGGCACAGACAGGCACGCGCCGCCGGUCCAAGUCAGGUCGGUUUCAGUCCCGUCUCUCUUUUUCGUCCCAUCUUUCUGCAUCUUCGGUUUCUUUCCCCUCUCUUCAGUUCCCUUUCUGUCUACGCAACUGAAAGCUCGGUAUAGGAAGAAGUCCCAGCCAAAAGAUUGACUGUGAUCUCUUCUGCUGGGCUGAUCGCAAACCAUCAUAUCUCUCUCUACACCACAAUGGCGCCGUCUCCGGAACGCACGCCGUUGUUGGCCUCUGACCAGUCUCCCGAUCGCGAGAACGACAAUGCCGCUCCCAGGUCACGAUGGCGCGAGCUUGCGCUCUUCACCUGGGCCCUUCUGGCUACCGCCGCCGUGAUCGUUUUGGCCGUGGUGAUCCAGCACAGUAACUCCACCCAACACUCGUCGAUCUCGCCGGCCGCAGUCUCUGACUCCUCCUCUGUAGCCGGCCACAAGAAGCACGGUUCCCCGUCCGGCGGCAAGCGCAACUUGGUCUUCAUGGUAUCCGAUGGCAUGGGACCCGCUUCGCUCUCUCUUACGCGCUCCUUCCGCCAGCUCACCCAGGACUUGCCUAUCGACGAUACCCUCACCCUCGACCGUCACUUUUGGGGUACCUCCCGCACGCGCUCGAGCAACAGCUUGGUGACGGACUCUGCUGCCGGUGCCACUGCCUUCUCCUGCGGCCUGAAGAGCUACAAUGGCGCUAUCUCGAUGCUUCCCGAUCACACACCCUGCGGUACCGUUCUCGAGGCUGCCAAGCGUGCUGGGUACCACACCGGCUUGGUUGUGACGACCGAUAUCACGGACGCCACUCCUGCUUGCUUCGCCGCUCACGUCUUUCAUCGCAUGCAGGGCGAUGAGAUUGCGCUACAUGAGAUCGGCCAUGGACCACUCGGUCGUGUUGUCGAUCUCAUGCUGGGCGGCGGCAGGUGCCACUUCUUGCCCAGGGGAACUCCGGGCAGCUGCAGACAGGAUGACAUCGAUGUUACUAAGCUCGCCCAGGAGGAGUAUGGAUGGAACUACGUCAGUGAUCGCGCCGGCUUCGAUUCCCUUGGCUUGGGCAAGAACGUUUCCUUGCCCCAGUUGGGUCUGUUUGCGACCACAGAUGUUCCCUUCGAAAUCGACCGCCGCAACAUGGCGGAUGUGUACCCUAGUUUGAGCGAGAUGGCUGCCACGGCUCUGGCGGCGCUUGACGAGGCUACCAAGGACAGCGACAAGGGUUUCUUCCUCAUGAUUGAGGGUAGCAGAAUCGACCAUGCCGGUCACAUCAACGAUCCUGCUGCUCAGGUUCGUGAGGUGCUUGAGUACGACAAGACUUUCAAGUCUGUCCUUGACUUCAUUGAGAAGUCGGACACUGAGACCGUUUUGGUUGCCACGAGCGAUCACGAAACUGGUGGUCUGUCCACUGCUUGGCAGGCGCCCAGCGAACUUCCCGUCUACAACUGGCACCCCACCGUCCUCGCUCGCGCCAAUGCCUCAUCUGAGUUCCUCACCGCCCUCCUCCUCAAGCACAUUGCCGAAACCGGCGACAAGGAAGAGUCGCUCCUCCGCUGGAUCAAUGACGAGCUCGUUGUCAAGCACCUCAACAUCAAGGACGCCUCCGAGGUCGAGCUCAACUCGAUUGCCAGCAACCCCGCCCUGGCCAUUCAGCUCUUUGCCCGCAUGGUCAGCGUCCGCGCCCGCGUCGGCUGGAGCACGCACGGCCACAGCGCCGUGGACGUAAACAUCUACAGCUCUGGCGGCCCCGGCACCGAGAAAAUCAGGGGUAACGUGGAGAACACGGAUGUCGGCAAGUUCCUGAGGGGAUGGCUCGAUUUGGAUAGCGAGGUUGAGACUAUCACCAAAGAGCUGGUCAAGAAGCUGGGCGACAAGGCUCCCUCGCAGAAGCAAAUGGAGAAGAUUGAGAAGGCGUCGACCGCUUUUGAGGAUGAUGGAGUGGCUCAUGGCGGGUUUGAGUCGGGACUUUAUGGCCAUGUGUUGUAAGAGGGGACUGAAGUUUCGAGGGGGCGUUUUUGAAGAGCUUCCUUUGUGGUGUUUAUGGACAUGAUGCAUACGAUCUUGAUAUGAUAUGGGUGGACGGAUGAGUGAUACAAAUGGGUUGCAUAGAUUGAACAUUGGCAUGAGCGACAACGGAGUUGCAUGGCAAAGACCGGCUGGGUAGCGUUUGUAUCUUAUGUAGGAUAGCGUUCAUGAGUUGAUGCUAGCAUUGUCGUUUGGAUAUGUAUAUCAUAGAUGAGUCUUCACGCUUUCACGACACAGAGUGAUCCUCUUCU